UAAAUGGCUUGGGGGCUUGUUGAUUCGAACUUCAGCUUGAAAAUUUCUGUAUCGUUGCUUGUUAGGAGUCAUGGUUACAUUUCUGUAUUUUCUUAUUGUACUGUGGAUUUCAGAGAUCAAUGGAUCCCGAAGUCAUUUCAGCAACAUAUCACAUGAGUUUACAACACCGCCUGAUGAAAUUGGACCCUUGCUACCCGAUGACGACUUACAGGCGUCCACGGUUAUUGCCGGUCUGAUGCCGGAUUCAUUUGGUGAAAUGUUCAACUUUCUGGAUGGUGACAGCUUCGGAAUUGGUCCAAUGCACGAGUUCGUUUAUGGCUGGCAAGCUAUUGUAAACACCAUGAGUAUGAAAAAUAACGUAGAAGUUCGAAAACGAGCUGGGCUUCAACGAUUCGCACUCGCAGGAAUAAAUGGUAUCACCCUCAUAUCUCAUAUUGGAGUUACUGAGAUUAUGAUUAAUGGAACACGAACAUACUGCUUUGGUGGUGUAUCACGACCACCAGGUAGAAGAAGUGUUAUUUGCAAGGGAGCAAUGUACCAGGAGGGUCGGUUUACCUGCAGAGUUCCAUUUUUAAGAUAUCCUACGGUACUGGGGUACCGCUAUUGUAUAGACAAGUACGCUGCCGUUAAUUCAAUGGAUGGUACAUACAAAACCACGUACUGUGCCAGAGGUGAAUCUAUACCGAAGUUUCAUUACGAUUACAUUUGCGAGCGAAGGGACGUUAAGAUAAAACGUGUAAAUCUAACUGAUCCUAAUGAGAGAUUUAAUAUAAGGAAUCCUGUUGUGCGGCGAGCUGAGUACUAUAGAGCACCCUACGAUAUAUUAAAAGCAUGCCCGGAUUGGUAUGGUUGCAAUCUUCGUAUAUCUCGAGAAUCACUUCAUCAGGAUAUACCCUCUGGACUUUUAGAUGCCAAUGAAACAGCUUUUGUCGGACAUGGUGGAAAAUAUUGGUUGGCAUUGUACUACUCGCAGCUUUCAGCUUAUGCUAUUUACUUCCAAGCACAUGGUGAAUACCCGUGGAACUCAAACAGACCAGUAGUAUCGGUAGAUAAAGGUGGAAUAUGGGAACAGCUUCUAAAAGCAAACAUUGGUCCGGACAUGAAUUUGCACUACAACUUGAAUGGCAUUUAUAAUCGGUACCCCGGUGGAGUUAUUAUGCCAGACCUGAUGAGGAACGAUGGACAGGUUCAACCAAGUAAUUUCAGGACUGAGACGAGAGAUGGUGGAUCCGAGGACAUAAAAAUUGGAAUGUCAGGCGAUAUUUCUGGAGAUGGUGGUAGCUACAAAUUUAUUCAUGACUCACAAAUUCAACCAAAUUUUGAACACGGAAAAAACGUUUGAUAAUAGACAGCACGAAAUAUUAUUGAAUAAACAACAGCCAUUUU